GCUAUGUCUGGAAGAGGGAAGGGCGGCAAAGGCUUGGGCAAGGGUGGCGCUAAGCGCCACCGCAAGGUUUUGAGAGAUAACAUCCAAGGCAUCACCAAGCCCGCCAUCCGGCGUCUUGCUCGGCGCGGGGGAGUCAAGCGCAUCUCCGGCCUCAUUUACGAAGAGACCCGAGGUGUGUUGAAGGUGUUCCUGGAGAAUGUCAUUCGGGACGCGGUCACCUACACGGAGCACGCCAAGCGCAAGACGGUCACUGCCAUGGACGUGGUGUACGCGCUCAAACGGCAGGGACGCACCCUGUAUGGCUUCGGAGGCUAAGGUGCAGCUUCUGUGCUACGUGACAAUCUCAAAGGCCCUUUUUAGGGCCAACCACCCAGUCAUCAGAAGAGCUAGACACCUGCCUGAAGUAUAGGUUCAGGCGAUCUUCUACCUGCAAUAACAUCAAAACUUUCCCUCCA